GGGGGGAUUAAUAGAGGUGGGGAGUGAAUUAGAAUUACAAAGCUCACUCAUUGGUGGAAUAUGGUGUAUAUAAUUAAAUGUUGCAUUUUGAAUUAAUUAAUUCUUGUGGUUUUAAAGGACUUGGAGAGGUGAAGGGUUUGACGUUGAAAAAAAAUUUGAGGGAGAAUAAAUGACUAAUAUUGAAGAGAAAAAUAAGUAACGUAUAAAUUAAAAAGUACAUUGAUCAGAGAUCAUUGAAUAGAGAGGGCUAGAGAGAGAGAAAAAGCCAACGUCAUUGAAUAGAAAGUGAGGUUGCAAGAAAACUUGCCACGUGGCAAAAAUAUUAGGAAUUCAUGUAGGUUAAUAGAUAGAUAGAUAAUAUACUUAAUGAGGGGUCCAUACAGUGAUUCCAUAUUUGAUUAAAUUUCUCUAGAAAAAAAUAAGGUUGUAUUUUUUUUUUCUCCUUAUAUGGAAAAUACUAGUAGGUCAUAACACUCCUCUAUUACUCUCAAAUAGAGCGGAAUUCGAAACAAGCUGAUCUUAUCGGCUAAAUAAAUACCUAUUUUGCGAUCGUCGCAUAAUAUCCUAAAUUAAUUUUAUUAUUGUACCUUAUAAGGUAAUAAUAAUAAAGAUUCAUUUAGAAACAAUAUCAUAUAAUUUUUAUAAUAAAAUGAUAUCGUUAUACUAUAUUGCAUAAUAUCCAUUUUUUCGUUCCAUUACCUUUUUGUAUUUUUUCCGAUUUAUAUAUAGAGAAAUGCUAACCCCAUGAAAAUCCCCAAACCCUCUCUCUCUCUCUCUCUCUCUCUCUCUCGCUCGCUACGAAUGCGACAAUGCUCUCGCCGAGGAGGCUCCUCCACUCCUCAUCCGACCCCUUCCCGGCGGCGCCGCCGCCGCCGCCGGUGGCCAUCGACUCCGACGUGGUGGUCAUCCUCGCGGCGCUGCUCUGCGCCCUGAUCUGCGUCAUCGGCCUCGCGCUCGUCGCGCGCUGCGCCUGGCUCCGCCGCGCCCUCCCCUCCGCCGCGUCGUCGGCGGCGCCGCCCCCCACCAAGGGCCUCAGGAAGAGGGCCCUGCGCUCCCUCCCCACCGUGCUCUUCGUCUCCUCCUCCUCCGCCGCGUCGGCGUCGGCGGGGAGGGUGGCGGCGGAGUGCCCGAUUUGCCUCGCGGAGUUCGCGGAGGGCGAGGAGAUCCGCAUCCUGCCGCAGUGCGGGCACAGGUUCCACGUCGCCUGCGUCGACACGUGGCUCGGCGUCCACUCCUCCUGCCCCUCCUGCCGCCGCCUCCUCGUCGUCCCCGCCCCCUGCCGUAGGUGCGGCGCCGCCCCCCUCGCCGUCGACGCCUCCGCCGCCUCGCCGGCGGCGGCGGCGGAGGAGGAGCGCGGGGAUUGUAGGUUCUUGCCCUAAAACCCCUUCUCCCCUUCUCCGUAAAUCUAUACAUAAAUUCCGCCUCUCCUUUUUCGGUUAAGAAAAUGUAAUAUUUAUUUGCUUCUAUUUUUGCCAUUUCUUUUAUGGAAAGAGGUUUGUUUGUUGAGACAAAACGUCGAACAAGUUUGGUGCGUUGGGAUGGGUCACGUUCAGUAAUGUGUUUCACUGCUUUUACAAAGAGUUUCUGCAACUCACGGUGGUUGCUGUCAAAUUUCCUCUCUCCCUCACACUUAGUAUCUCUCUCUCUCUCUCUCUCUCUCUCUCUCUCUCUCUGGGAUUGAAGUUGGAGUAAUUUUUUAAGUUAUAAUUUGUGGUUUAAAAAUGGGAGGAAACGACAAAUGAGAAGUUUCCAAAACUGUUAUUUUAUUUCA